CCGCUCUCUCCCACGAGUUCCCUCUCCUCUCCCACUUUCACUCCCCUCUCUCUCAUAAAUCAGUUCCGCACCCAUGCUUCCGUACUUAUCAGUCGAAGCAAAGGUCGUACCACAUUGAAGUGUUCUAUUGCCUCUUCAAGCACGCUCUCCUCUCCCUCUCCAGUUCUUGAAGCACGCGUACGGCUGUCAGUCGCGGCGGUGAUGAGAUAAGUACUUUGUGGUUUUCGAGAUAAGCCAUCUGAUAACCUUUAAAUACGCCAUCUGCUUCGUUUCAUUUCGGCCAAGCAGCAAGACCAAUUCACUUCACGGGUUUCACCGUGUAUUUCAUCGCCAAUUCGGAACCGUGCCGACAUCACUUUGCUCGAGAGCCAGGUCACGGUUCUACUUUCCAUUCACAUUUACCUCUUCCAAAGUCGAGAAAUCUUUUGUCCUCGUCGAUCUUCACACCGCCCAAGAUUGAAAAGAUUUCAAGAUGGUCCUCUCUAUCAGUCGAGACCAGUUGCUUCUUAGUCUCGGGAUCCUCUUUCUCCUGUCGACUUGUAUUACUUUGGCAAUAAACAAACGGCAGCGAGAUGCGAUGCUGGAAAGACUGCACUUUCAUCGUCGACGGGAAUCUGGGGCUUCAACGCCUCCACGUUCGUUCUCACCAAGUAAGAAGGCUCCGAUAGUUACGGGUGGAAGUCCGGAUUACAGCACUACGUUCCCACCCUCGAGACGUGAGGUACUUCCUGAGCUUGCCAAGACUCUCCCUACUGCCAACGCCCAAAUUCUCCUCAAAACGGAACCCUGCCCAGACUUUUUUCUCAAGAACCCUUUGCCAAUGACGCAGUCAUACGCCGUAGACAGCGAUGCGCCCAAGUAUACACCUACCGGUUUCUCGACAGCCGAGAUCAAGGCCAUGGGUGAUUUCCCUGCAUAUGAUAUCCUCACCGAAACUCCACUGCCUCAAGCCUACCAAAACUUUGACUCGACUAAAGCUCUUCCUCGGCCAUACAGACCAUUCAGAUGGGCUUAUCACCAGACCAUGUCUUUUGUCAAGAUGGAACCAGACUGGUGGCUCGAAGUUGAAAAUACCUAUGUUGCCAGGAUCAAAGAGCGUCAAGACCUGUUCCGAGAGUACGGCCCCAAGGUCCUUGACUAUAUGCCUGGAUCCGAACUUGUUUGCAAAGAGUUGAUGGAGAUGUGCCUACUGUUCUAUUGCGCCAGAUACCCAGCGUGUUUCUCCUUGUCAGAAGACAAGAAAGUCUUCCACAAUCACUUGCUUGGAAAUACUACUGAAAUUAAACGCUACCACCCGCUGCAUAUCCUACUCAAUAACAUACCAGAAGAUUUCGCCAUUGUCCUACGAAAUGAGGAGGACGGGAUGUACUACUUCCGUGCUGGUGUCAUUUGCAGCUCACUGGGCUGGAACGUGGGAACCAAGAUCGGCAUGCAGCUUAAAGAAAUCCACACUCCCAUUCCAGAUUAUAAGGAGAAGAUGUCUUUCAGCAUGGACCGAUACUUCGCCAGAAUGCCUGUGAAUUCUCCAAUCCAGCGUGGAAGCUGGGGACUAGAGGUCGGGUCGCCGUUGUUCAUGCCACCAGGGCAUCCCCACGAGAAGCUCAGGGAGAUUCAGGAUCCAGACUUGAAGAUUGAGAAUUGCAACUUGCGGGUUGACUGGCAGACUUUGAGACGAUUGCCAUUAAGUGGUGGUAUAGUGUUCAAUUUCACUGCGCUCUUCACGCCGAUUCCGGAGUUCAGAGACGAGCCCUAUGUGCCAGCGUUGGUAGCGAAGAUCUUGAAGGACGGCAAGAAAACUCUCAUGGAUUACAAGGGUACCUGGCACGUGGAGCAUAUCUGCAUUCCUGCACUAGAGGAGUACAAUCGAGAACAAGUUGAGAAGGGAUUAGUGAAGCCGGAGAACGAGGGCGAUGAGACAUGGACUGAAGGGACAUUGAAUGAAUAUCCCUACUUCCCAGGCUGGGAAGAGAAGUGGCAUCGUCAACAAGGUUUCUAGACGUAUGAAUGGCAAGGGAGGUCACAAAGGUCAAGAAGCGCCACGAGACAUGCAAAUAACGAUAUCACGAAAUCAAGAUACCAAUGAAUACUGCUACGCCGUCUCUUCCUUCUC